GUUACAGAAGCACUUUAUAGUUCAGAAUUUAGGUCACCAUUCGACACCAGAAAGUAGCAAAUGAACUUUAAAGUAUACAGACUGACUUUUUAUCUUUUGUAAAAUUCCUAGCCUUUGUAUUGGUAACGGAAGUUGCGUUAAUCCUAUCUUCCAUAUAAGGAGGUGUCGGUAUUAUUUUGAGAGUUUGAGUCUCGAGCGAUCAAGAGCUUCACCUCGAAAGCUGCUUUAUUUAGUCACAAAGAACUUCCUACCUUCAACUCGAAAUUCGUAAAUUGUGUACAGGACGAAGAUGCAACGAAGGUAGGACGUCGGUGUAAGUUUGCCACCCGGCGAUGAGUUGAAGGUUAAGUGGCCUGAAGAUGUCGUGUUUUGGAAGCAACACCGUGUGGUUUUGUCAUGUCCUUCUUCUGGAUGAAAGUGAACAUCCUGUCGAAAUUCGAAAAAAGACCAAAGGAGAAGAAGUACUAGUAAAGGUCUUUCAACAUCUCAACGUGCUGGAGAAAGACUACUUUGGACUGCGAUAUAUUGACCGUAACAGCCAGUCGCGAUGGUUAGAUCCCUUGAAACCUGUGGUGAAACAGUUGACAGCUGGUCCACCUUAUUUGCUGUACUUUUGUGUCAAGUUUUAUGCAGCAGAUCCCUGCAGACUUCAUGAAGAACUAACCAGGUAUCUGUUUUUCAUGCAAGUAAAGAAAGACAUUUACCAAGGGAGGUUGCCUUGUUCAACAAACAUCCUUGCUGAAGUCUCGGCAUAUAGUAUUCAAUCUGAACUUGGUGAAUAUGAUCCUCAAGAACAUACUAUGGGUUACAUAUCUGAGUUCAGAUUUAUUCCUAAUCAGAGUGAAGAACUAGAGACCAAGAUUUAUCAUAGGCACAGGAAGCUGGGGACUAUGGUUCCAUCUGUUGCAGAGUUCAUGUAUCUUGAUAAAGUCAAGUGGUUGGAGAUGUAUGGAGUUGACUUACAUCCAGUGAAGGGCGAGGACUUUGUAGAGUAUUUUAUUGCUCUUAAGCCUUCUGGAGUAGCAGUUUAUAAGAACAAGACUCGAGUUGGGUCCUACCUUUGGUCAAAAAUAGAAAAGGUUGAUUUUAAAGAAAAGAAAUUCUACCUGACAGUGAAAGGAAAAGAGGACAGAGAGUACACUUUCAAGUUUUAUCUCGCAAACAAGACAGCCUGCAAACACCUCUGGAAGUGUUGUUUGGAACAUCAUGCAUUUUUCAGAUUAGACAAGGCCAGUGCUACCUCUCGUCGCAAUAGUGGCUUGUUUCGUAUGGGAUCCUCAUACAGAUACAGUGGAAGAACACAGAGAGAAGCCUUAGAAGAUGGAAAGAAAAUUCAGCGUCCUGAUCCAGAAGUAAAACGAAAACCCAGUAAACGCUAUGAAAGAAGGAACACUCAGUCUGGGGAGAGAGCUCAAAGUAAUGUCACAGUUGCCUCAGCAACCAGCACAUCACAAGUUCAAAUUAAACGAUUCAGUCAAACAGACAAUGCAGCAGAAGUAAUAACUGUUCCAGUCACUGGUCCUAAUGGAACUGGGAUCAAGACAGAGGGUGAUCCCAGCUCAAAGGAUGGUGAUGCUACUGCUGUUGAUGGGAAUCAAGGUCCUGCACUACCUUGGGAACAAUCUGCUCAAAUGCAGGGUGGUUUGUACACACCAGCCCCAGACUCCCCUCGGUCACUGAAGAGUUCGGGAUCUGGAAGGGCUAAAAGAUCACCAAAAUUUCCAAGGCCCCACCGGCGUUCAGCGGGACAAAGUAGUGGCAGUGAAACAGACACACCCAGGAGAAGGAGUCGGCGAGCCUAUUCUUCUGAUGAUGACACGGGCAGACGGAGAAGAAGAAGAUGUCGCCAUCACCAUCACAGAGGUCAUCAUUCUGCGGAGUCUGGGAGCGAUCGUGAUUCGUCUUACAGUCGAGAAGAAAGAAGACGACACAGAUCGUCCAAAGAUCAAGCAGAUAUUAGCAAGAUGUCAGACGCGGCUCCAUAUCAUUGGAAUGACAACAGGAGAGACCGAGGCAGCGGAUCCGAGGACAGGUCUCAUCAUCAUCACAGACACAGACAUCGAACAUCUGAUGGUGACGCUAGAAGUGAUGGAUCCACAUCCAGGCAUCAUCACAGUAAAGUCAUCAGUGACGAUGCUGACUCGGAGAUGGUGCCAGCUCUGGAUGUGAUACGUUCCCGAGUGGCUGUGGCCAGAGUCAAGGAAGGCAGCGGCGGAAAACAUCGGCAUCACAGACAUCAUCGACACAGUUAUCUGGGAUACCAGUCCAGCGAAUCAGGGUACUCAGCUGUGUCGGCUCCUCCAGCUCCUAAGGGCUCUCAGGUGUUGUUAGAAUUAGGCCCCGAGACAGCAUCCCCAGCAAAGCAUGGACCAGGUUCAACACAAACAGGGCCCAUGAUGAACACAAACAACCAUCAUUCUCUACCAAAGGGGCCUUCAUUGGGCCACGAACAACAGGGCCUCUUUUCCAGUCGGAUGGUGUCAUUGCCGAGAGAGGUUAGCCCUGAGAAAACAAGUCAGUACGUAAAGGUGGAGUACCCCAAUGGAGUCAUCAUCCACGACACAAGGAAUCAAGGACGCAUUCCAAACCAUGUCAUGUACCAAGCGGCGCUGCAGUUGAAUGGAACAAGUCGGAACCAAUAUAACUCACCAGGAAAGAGCCCCACGACAGACUACAUUGAGGUGGUGUCUGGUCCUUCCAAGAGAGGCGAACCUCCACCGUAUUACUACCCCAGCUCACAAGUAAUCGCUGGUAGCAAAUCAACCGUCCUGUAGCUUGCACGAACAAGGACCACAAGUGCAAUGUAGUAUUAACAUGCCAAGAAGUGCUAAUUCCUUUGUUAUAACUGAGUUAACUCAGCUCCAACAUCCUUAUCUCUUCAGAGAUGAGGCUAGAAAUAAGUUAAGGUGACGCCAUAUCUUAAGCUUGUCCCAAGCCUCACUGGAAAGAUUACGCUUGCAAGUGGUAUGGGUUGGGCGUGGUGGGUGGGGGUGGGAGGGGGUACUUAGAUUCUCUUAGUGAUCUUAACACCCCCACACAGUAGAUAUUUAAAUGACAAGGAUGUCAAAUCUAACUACCUUUAUUAGAUCUCGUUAAGCACUAGUCUCUGUGCUCUUUCACGUGAGUCCUACAUACAUGCAUUCUAUACCUACUAGAACUAACUCGAAUGAGACCUGAAUUGAAAUGGUAAAAAAGCACAACGAAGCUUAAAAUCCGCAGAGGUGUGCGGAUGGUCUAAAUUAGCCAAGUUCCAAAUUAUUUGAAAACUCUCAAGCUGACAGAAGUGGCCAAUUCCCUGCAGGGAAUCAUGGGUAGUUGGAUUCAUCAAAACAAAUAUCCAGUCCAAGAUGAUGAAUACAACUACCAUGAUUCCCUGCAGGCCCUCCUCAUAGAAAGAAUCGGCCAUCGAUAUUUCUUAACCGACAGUUGGCACUCCUUUCCAUUAUUGGCAAUUCUAGACAAGUGGAUUUCAAUCGGCAUUGUAUUUACUAUAUAAGUUGCCACCGUUUUACCUCUCUCUCGCGCGCGUCAAAUAGAAUACGGCUCUGGCAGUGCUACUGACCUUAACAGCACUGCCCGUUACCCGUUCAAAUUCUCUAUUUAACUUAGGCAACCUUGUAGUGUCAAAUAUUUCAUGGUAUUAGUAGUUGAUAAACAUUGAUGCCGAGCUUCUGAAAUGGUCGUUAUUUAUGAUUCUCUACGUUGGGUUAUCAAUCAUAGAACCUUUGUGUUUAAUUUUAAUCGCGCGCAGCUCUGUCUCGUAACCUGCUUACUGUAUUAGACUUUGGUGCCGUUUUAGCGGCAUUGUCUCUAUCAUUCCAUUUGUGGACUAAGACAUUUGAUAUUUGGCUAAAUAUAGUCUUAUUUUUAUAUUUUAAUUUUGGCAUUUUGCCCUCUGCAUACGUUUUAAAAGAUAUAUUUUUUACGCUGCUAACUAUCGGUCCUCUCGUUAAGAAGUUUUAUUUACAUAUUACAAUUUCUGCGUUCUACGUAGUGAUUUUCUAAUGCUGUCCAGUCUACCAUGUUUUCUCGUUUUCGCAAUUUUGUGAUUGGUUGAAAGACUCGACCAUUCGUCGUCUCAGCCAAUCGGGUGAUCAGCUGAAACCAUCGUGUUUUGGCUCACGUGACCUUUCACGGGCUUGGCGUUGGUUACAUUGUAGUCUUAUUUAUUGUUUUAAAUGUGCUGCCUUUCAGAUUGGGUACGCUGAAUACCCCAAUUUUAACAUACAUCAGUCGUUAGAAAACCGCUCCAAUAUGGCAGAAUAAGACAAUUUAGCAUUUUAUGCUGGUAAACGAUGUAUUUUACUGGUAUAUAUAUAAAAGGAAAUGUACUUAAAAGCUAUCCACUAGUAUUUUAGCUAAACGAGACGGUAUUGUCUGUAUGUAUAUGCUUCUAUACCGAGUCUAAGAUGCGUACGUGUGUACAAAUUGUAAUAUUGUCUCUUCAAAGUGUUAAUGUCCUGACAAAAUUCAAUUGCUUCAUAUUUUUACAUUUUUAGCAUAAUGCACUUGAAUCAGAAUGGAUGUAGUGUUUGUCCGUUUUUGUUAGUAACUCAAGGCGAGUACAUGUUUUGGAAACACGACUUGUUUCAACUAGUAAGGCAAAGAGGGUGUGACUGAUGCUCGCUUGCCGAUUUACUCGUCACAUGAUCAUUAAGUUGGUCAUCGCGUGAUCACUUUUUUGAAUCACGCGAGUGAAACAUGUGGCCUUCAACAGACGUCUGGGAACAAUAGUAUCAGUAAGGGUUCGUGUUCGAGUGCCUCAACGAACAACACUUUGUCUUAAAGUGUGCUAUCUUUACGUUUUGCUUUGGUUUGCAAUUUUCGCUUUCAAUCGAACUUGCUAUCCUCGUCGUUCUUACGUUGUUGUCGUUUAACAACUUGGAUAACAUAUUGUAACAGUUUUAAAUACCAUAUCAGCAGGAAUAACUAAUUUUGAGUAGCUGUUGGAAGAUGUAAAGACCUUUCAUAUUAUUUAUAUCACAGUUUCAAUUAAAUUGCCCAUAUGAGGCAAGGAAAUAA